AUGGACGCACGUACUGGAAAAGGUAUGGGUGCUUCGAGGAGGAAGGCACUCCCAGCUGGGAAGCCGCGUUUGCAGCGCGAGACCGUGAGAAAAGCCCGCCGGAAGAGGGACGCUCCUGCCGGUAAGCCGACCUCGCCAAGCGUUGAAGACGAUAUGGAGAUACUUAGCUCUGCCUCGGAGUCGGAAUACGACAUCAUCCGAAGGAACGUCCACGUGGUCGACGCGGCCGGCAUGUCAGCGAGCAAGAAGGUGCGGGCACUGCUGAUGCUAGAGGAACUGUGCCACAGCAUCGACAACGGGCGCGACCUGCAGGUGUCGGGAGGUAUCAAGCCGCUGCUGCGCGCGCUGCAGAGCCGGCACGACAAAGUGCGCGCGAGCGCGGCGUGGGCGCUGGCGACGUGCUGUCAGAACAACCCCCCGGUGCAGAACGCGUCGCUGGCGCUGGACGCCGUGCCCAUCCUGUCCAACCUGGCCGCACACGACGCCAGCUCCGGCGUGCGCUCCAGGGCCCUUUUCGCGCUCAAUGCUAUGCUGGAGCUGGAGAGCGCGCGCGCCGCGUUUGAGGAAUUGCCCUACGCUAUCGAUGCCGUCAGGAAUGCCCUCGUUGAUACCUCGGAUUUUAGAGCCACCAGACGCGCGCUCAACCUGACCGAGCUUCUCGUGCAGAAGAAUCUGGACUCGUGGAAGACGCAGUUGGAGGCGUGGGAUAUUCCUAUUCUGGUCGAACGGCUUAUGAGGUCGCACCCGGAUAUCGAUGUGAGGGAGUCAGCGGCAAGGACGAUUGCUGCGCUUGACGGAAGACCAGUUGCCUGAGUCGACGUGAUGCAUCGGGCGCCAUUUUCACCUUCACGUAGCUACCCAAAAUAUAAUCACUCAACGGGUUGAGCUGUACAAUACGUCGUCCUGGAUAUACCCACGGAAGGCAGUGGGAAACAUCUUCCUGGCCCCCACUGUCUUCCAGGUACAGUAGAAGACUGAAAUGACGACUACUGCCGUUGCGCGGCUGCUAUAGAACUGGGCGGAUUCAAUGCACGGACAUUGUGUGGACAGGAGAACCGGACAGACAACUUGCGAAGUUAAGCGCAGACUGUAGCACUACCGUAUGUACAAUAUGUAGACAAACGUAGAUUACAAGGAGGUAAACUACCACACUUCAGUCUGUGAACGAGCAAA